AUGUCCGACAAUAAUUCUGAAAGUAUUCCUUGUCAUCCGCCGCCCGACGAGCUGCCGACGUUGAUCGCCAUCUACGUGAGUCAAGGAAUCUACGGGAUAUUAUCCAUUGUCAUUUACAUUCUCAACAUCAAGGCCCUUCAUCGCCAACGGAAUUACCAUGACAAGACGUUUCGGCUCCUCUACACCUAUUGUGCAAUUUUUAGUGUCUCCUAUUUCGUCGCUCAAUAUUGCACUCGACGAUUCGUCAAAAUCGGCCUCUUCUGCGAGGACAUCCUUCGAAUUUUCGGCGAGCCCACAUAUAUUCUGAAUCCGCCGAAAACCGUAAGCGCCUAUUGCCCGAUCGCCAUUCUCGUGUUCCACACGCUCAUCGCGCUCCAUCGAUUCUCGCUGGUGUUCAGCCCGAUUCGAUCGGUUCAACUUUGGGAGAAGUAUAUGAAUUGGGUGGCGAUUGCCGGCAUAUUGAUUCCCCUCUAUUUCAUGUGGUUUUUAAUACCAGCGAAAAGCUACGCGGAAUUCGAACCCUAUGAGCAUACAAUGGAUUUACAGUACAAAAAAGUGUUUCAGAUCAGCUCAUCGCUCUAUUCGACAAUUGCUGCUGGAUUAUUCGGGACCAUCACACUUCUUCUCACCGUCCUCAUGCUCCUUCUUUUAUUCAAAACGCAUGUGCGCAAAUUGAAGCGCUCCGAUUAUCGAAUGAUCAUUUUCGAGAUAUUUAUGGCAUUCACCACGUUCGUCUACGCGUUUACCCAGGGCAUCCUCUAUUAUUCAAUUUAUAUUGCUAAAGAUUUGGCAAUGCGAGCCACAAUAAUGCGAUAUCGAAAUUUUGCCAUCGACAUUUUCAUAUUACCCCAAGCAUGGACAUUGCUGAUUUUGAGCCCGAAGAUCCGAUCCUACACAAUCGGCUUCAUCUUGGACCGAGUGUCAAGCAUCGAUGCUCAAAGCAAAUUGGAUAACAUUAGGAUCUACGGGUUCAUUUCAAUCGGCAUUUAUAUUAUGAACGUCAAGGCUUUACACCGACAGCGCAAUUAUCAUGACAAGACAUUUCGGCUCCUCUACACCUAUUGUGCAAUUUUUAGUAUCAUCUUUUUCCUCAACCACUACCUGUUUCGACGAUUCGUAAGACUCGGCCUAUUCUGCGAGGACAUCCUACGGAUCUUCGGAACCCCAAAUUAUUGGCUCAACCCAUUCAAGACGAUGCGAGCUUAUUGCCCGAUCGCGGUGCUCGUCUUUCACACCUUAAUCGCCGUUCAUCGAUGCUCGAUCGUGUUUAAACCGACCAAAGCAAUUCAUGUGAAAAUGGCGCACCAAUCAUUUCUUAUCAGAUUCUCGAAAUCAUUUCAGAUUUGGGAGAGCCGUCUCAAGCCAAUUGUCACGAUCGCCCUAUUCCUUCCAAUCCCUUUCAUGUGGUAUGUGAUUCCAGCCAAAAGCUACGCGUAUUAUGAUGAUUAUCAAGACACAAUGGAUGUUCAAUACGAAAGAACCUUCAAGUAUCCUGAAUCGUUUUAUACAACGAUCGCGGCCCUUCUAUUCGGAUUUGUGACAUUAGUAGCCACGAUUCUCAUGAUCAUAUUCCUGAUGAAAUCCAAUGUUCGCGCAUUGAAAUCAACCGAGAUUCGCAUGAUCAUUUUUGAGAUUUUUAUGGCGAUUACCACAUUUAUUUAUGCGCUUCCUCAUGCAUUCGUCUAUUAUUUCGGAACUGUCGUCGGCGAUCUCGAAUUGGAAGCGAUCGCGUUGGAGUUUCGCAGCUAUGCCAUCGAUAUUCUCGUAUUACCGCAAGCAUGGACAUUGCUGAUUUUGAGCCCGAAGAUCCGAUCCUACACAAUCAGCUUCAUUUUGGAUCGAGUGUCAAGCGGUGAAUCUCAAAACAAGUCGGAGAAUAGCAGCAAUCCGAAGGGCAUUGCGACGAUUCGGCCGAGAAACGAGAACACUUCUUGA